AUGGGGAGAGCUCCUUGUUGUGAUAAAAGUAAUGUAAAGAGAGGGCCAUGGUCACCAGAAGAAGAUGCCAAGCUCAAACAAUUCAUUGAAAAAUAUGGAACUGCUGGAAAUUGGAUCGCCCUUCCUCAAAAAGCUGGACUGAAAAGAUGUGGGAAGAGCUGCAGAUUGAGAUGGCUAAACUAUUUAAGGCCUAACAUUAAGCAUGGAGACUUUAGUGAUGAUGAAGAUAGAGUUAUUUGCAGCUUGUAUGCCAAUAUUGGGAGCAGGUGGUCAAUUAUAGCUGCUCAAUUACCCGGAAGAACAGACAAUAAUAUCAAGAACUACUGGAACACAAAGCUAAAGAAGAAACUCAUGGGGUUAAAUAAUAUUAUUCCUUCAUCAAAUUAUAAUCAAAGAUCGCCAUUCUUUCCAUCUCAAAUAGCACAACCCCAACCCCAACCCCAUAUGAUUUCAAGUCUUUUUAGAGACACAUCAAAUGCAGUAGUGUGCAAUAAUAAGAAUAUUAAUUUUUCUAUGGGUAGUAACCAAUAUUGUGAUUAUUUACAAAGUCAAGAUAGAUUGGUGAAUUCCUUGAAAUAUUGCACAUUGAAAGAUAGUAAUAAUUUACUAAUGUUUGGUGGGACAGAUGUAGCAAGUUGUUCCUCAUCUGAUGGAAGUUGUAGCCACCAAAUGAGGUAUGGAAAAGAAAUCAAGAAGGAAAGAGAAAUAGGUAAUUGUAAUUUCUCUAAUUAUGAAGAAACUCAUCAAAACUUCAUUCUUGAUUAUGGCAUUGUCAACAAUAUUAUUAGCCAGCAUGAUGAAAAGCCAAAUCAUGUGUGUUUGGGAAGCAACACUCAAAAUGAUCAACUCCGGUAUGAUGUUGAACAAGUUAAGCAGUUGAUUGGCAGAGGCAGUGGCAGUGAUGGUAAUAAUAAUAAUAAUAAUAAUAAUAAUAGUAGUAGUUUGAUUUUUAAUGAUGAAAACAAGACAGAUGAGAGGGGGAUGUACUAUUACCUAGGAACUCAUCUAAACUGA